AUGGCACGUAUUGAACGACUCCUCGCAGAGAACAUCAAAAGAAAAAAUGAGAUAUCUCAUGCUAGCAGUCAAAGGACAAAACCUCCAGCAGAAAAUCCUAUAGCACACAGUACCGAUCGUUUCCAGGGACUAGAAGGGCAAUCUCCAGCUUCCAGCCCGGCUGGGCUCAUCUACUGUGCCGGCUACAGGCUUGGGGACAUUGGCCUAUUUCACGGUAUACCAUUCCUAUCCGGCGAUGGACAGCAGUGGAUUGGCAUACGAUCGGACGACGAAACUAGCGCCGACUGCGAAGCCAGCCCCUUGUGGCACAAUCAGCGGCAACCAUGGUCCACUUUUCCCAGCUUCAUUAACCCAUCCCGUUGGGAUGUGACGGCGCUAUUGCCACUCGCCUCGGUCGAGAAAUUCCUGGCCAAUUAUCUCAAGUCCCCUUUUUCAGAGGCAUUCCCGAUUGCAGAUAGAGUGCUUUUCUCAAAGGUCAUCGAGCGAGCAUACACACAACAGGAUUCUUCUCGAGAUAGCUGCACCACAAAUGCAUGCAUCUUCGCCUUCCUGGCCUUUGCGUCCUUGAAUGCGUAUCCUGCGGAUACGAGCCUUCCUCCUCUCGAUGAAGAACAAUGUAUCACUGCGGCACAGCUUCUAGUACCUGAUCUCCUUGAUGCUCGUCCUAGUACAGAGAUUGUUGAUGCUCUCUUGAUGUUUGCGGUUUAUCAAUUCGGCUGCGGGAAUGUACACGUUGUGGAUAUUUUGUUAUCGGCCAUCGUUAGAUUCCUUUUUAUGCUAGGAGCGCACCUCUAUCCAGGUGAGGAGAUGGAGAGCUUGUCAACCGAGGCUCUGACUUUAGAAAUGCGAAAUAUCCUGCAUCUGAGAGACGACUUCUGGAUCUGUUAUGUUCUUGACAAGGAAAUCACCUUUCGUACUGGACGGCCGCCCAUCAUUAAUGACAAUUCAUGCGAUCUCACAUUCCCAAAGUAUUACUGGAAGCAGAGCGAUGCGAACUUCAAGGGGUUUCGUCGGUUGCCUGGUGACCUGCGCUUGUCAACAAUCAAAUCCAAGGCGUACGAGAAAUUGUACUCGCCUUCAGCACUUCGGAAAGUUGAUGCAGAGAUCCUGAAAGACAUUCGAGAACUUGACGAGAUGCUCGAAAACUGGAGACAGUCUUUACCUCUGGACCGAAGACCUGCCUUGUCAGUUACACAGCUGCCAAACAAAUCCAACGAGAUCGAGCGUGAGGCCUCUCUUGACUUCGACAUCUCGGUAUUCCUGGUCAAAUUGGAGUAUCACCAUUGUAUGACCACCCAUUCACCAGGCGAGCAGCCGCUGUACCAACUGGGUGCACAAUCACCGGAUCGACGACGGACUUAG